CUUCUGUCUUCCGUUGCUGCUUCAGUUAAUUAGGGCAUUUGAGACUCUCCUGCCUCGAUCCGCUCCCCAGACGGGCUGGGGGAUAGCGGCCGGCCUCCAGGCUCGAGGCCCAGUUUCUGCCUGGCCCAGGCUGGGAGGGGUGCCCUGUGGCACCCUUCCUUCUCCGGGGUGGCAGCCUCUGCUCUGAGGCCCCCUCCCCUCCCUGUGCAGUGGAGACAGAACUCUGAGGCCUGGGCCCCCUCACCGGGGCCUCCCCUCUGGGGGAGCAGAUGAUAUGUUUCAGCAUGUGUUUGACCGUGAAAAGCGUGCUCAAACGGAGCUCUUCAGUGGGCGCGGGGGCUGAGUCGGUCCAGUCCAGGUCUGACCUUGGACUCCUGGGAGAGCUCGGAUAGUCACGCUCACGGACGGACAGAGACGGGAUGAGGACGCCAUCGGGGUUCCGACCUUUAACCGUGCAUGCGGGUAAAGCAGCGGCUCGUCCAGCCCCAUGGAAAAUGUGGAAGUGAUGUGAAAGCCUUCGGGUUUUUCAAGUGACGGCGGCGUGAAUCCAGAAACGUGACUGUGGGAUGAUUUACGUGAAUCCAGAGUGGCGGGAGGUAGGUGGCCUGCAGGCCGGUCCGGGAAAGGCGAGGCUGCGCACGGGCCUGUGUUUCAGGAGAGUGUCCUGGGACUUGUGCUGUCUUUCUGGCUCUGCUCGGUGUCCCUGCCUCUGCCUGUCGUCUGGUGACGGGAAUCCAUAGGGUGCCCGCACCGUUUUCGACAGUUUGAGUUCACAAAGUUUGUCCUGCCGUUAGAAAAGGCACUGGAACGGGGUACCCACUUGGGUCUGCAGGGGGGGUGAUGGCGCUCCGGCAGGGGCGGGCCAGAGGACCGGCCGGGCUGGGCCGUGCUGUCUGUGGAGGCACACUGUCCACGUGCUGCUGCAGCGUGUGCGUGUGACCUGAGACCGUGUGGGAGCUGGCCCGGUCCCUGGACGGCGGCUCAGGGUGGGGACCGUCUGGAGCAGGGCAGGGGUGACGGCGCUCUGCCUGCCCGCUCGCAGGGGGGGCUUUCCCGGGCCGACCCCGCGCCCCGGUGGACAGGGAGGCGUAUCGGUGCCACGCGGGCUCGAGGAAAACGCUGCCUCUGGUGUGGGUUUUCCCUUUAGUGAAUAGCUCAACCCCAUCUCUGGGAGCGUGGCUUUGGGGUCACUCGAACCCUGACCCACUGGUGGGUUGUUGUGACCCGAGGCCCCUUGUCUUCUCCCUUCUUUGCUCUGACAGGGGCCCCGGCCCUUCUUUGGGGUUGGGGGCUGGUGGGACUGGUGGGCCUGGGCCGCACUCCCCGCUCUGUCUGAGCAGAAUGUGAUGCUGUUAGGGGUGGCUUUCCUGCUCCUACCCUGGAGCCUUGGGGCACGUGCUGGGUCCGCGCCCUCCUCUGUCUGCACCCCGAGCCUCACGGGAGCUGGGUCUGGGACUGGGCCCUGGAGGCUGGGGGGCCCCUCUUUCCCCGUGGCAGAGUGCCCGGGCUCAGACACCCUUCUUUCCUGCCCCGCCCCUCAGGGCCCCUGAGCAGCUAGCAGUUAUUCUGGGAACCGGAGGCCAGGCCUGGGCCUCCGUGCAGGGACCUGCUCCCAGUGCUGCUGCCAGGCCGCGUGCCGUGGACUGCAGGGACACGCGGUGACGGGAAGAUGUGGCUGCUGGAGCGUGCCUCUUGUCACUGGGUACCCUCUUUUGCCUGUUGUGCGUCAGAGAGGCAGGAGUGACACCCGGCACGGUGGCUGUGGCAGGUGGAGGAGGGAACCCUCACAGCGUGAGGUGCCGGUGUUGUCGGGCGGCCCCAGCACCUCCUCUCAAGGUCUCUGUCCCCUCCUUCCCACCCAAGGCUUUCCUGGGGUGGCAGCCUGGUCCUUACCUGUGUCUGGGGCUGAGCAGAGCCUGGGCCGCUGGGCUGGUCCCUCAGCUGCCCCCAGGCAUGGGCUCCUGUGUGUGGCUGAUGGGACGGCCUCCCUGGCCUGCCUCUGCCGCUCUGGCCUUCUCCCCUGCUGCGCGUCUGGGACUGUCACCCCAUGUGCCUCGUUGCCCCCCCAACCCAACCAAGUGCCUGUGGCAGGUUGGUUGUCCGUGGCCUGGACAGGGUGUGCUCCUCCAUGGUUGUGCUUCUCCUGAAGCUUCUCUGGCCUCCUUGCGCAGGCAGGAUUGUGCUGUCCCUUUAGGGGACCGCUCCCAGUGACCAGUGCUAUGCUGUCAUCCCAGCCCUCCUUCCCCUUCCCCUUCCCCACCUGAAUUAGUGACAGGCUUUGUGCUUCUGUCCUGCCGUGCUUGCUGCUGAUGUGGCUGUCAUCAGGUUCCAUUGUGUUGGGGCGCUGCGGGCAGGCGGAUUUGGGGCUCUGCUCCAGGGCGUGGGGAAUCCUGUGCCUUCCUGGACCUGACGGAGCGGGAGAGCUGGGUCCUAGAGCCCCUCUGCUGGUCGGGCAGAGGGCUGUGGGCCCCAGCUUGCAUUUCUCUGUGUGUCUUUGCUGCCGGACGGUGUGGGUGUCCCGCCAUUCGCCCAGCGGGGACUUCAGAAGGUGUCUGCAGGGGUACAGCUGUCACCAUGCUCAUUUGAGAACACGACCCUCCCAGCCUUUUGAGGCCCUCGGUGCCGCGGCUCUGCGUGCUGUCUCUGGAGUCCUGCCUUCAGCCCGGACCUCGCGUGCUCGAGUCCCACCGACUGCGGCCCUUGAGUCUGGCUGGUGGUUUCCGCCCCCCCCCCACCCGCUGUUCGUGUCAGCACUUCGGUCCCUCCUUAGGGCCCAGCGGGUUUCCGCUGGGCACGCACCCCACUUACGGAUGCGGUGUGGUUCCUGGAUUGAGCUGGUGCGGACGGUCGUCUGCGCCUGUGCUCAUGUGCCCAAGGAGCGUAUGUCUUCUCCAGGCACCGCCUGCCUGCUCCAGGGCCCGCCGAUCCCCUGUCCACGCCGGGCUGGCACGCGGCCUCGACUGUGGGUGUGUGGCCGAGCCAUCCUGUGCUUGCCCGGUGCGUUUUCUGGCCUCUGCCUUUAAAAACUAGGCAUCCAGCCAUGGCACUUUGCUGCGCCAUGAUGAUGAUGCCGUUGACGACGACGGUGUUCUCGGGUCCUGGCGGUGGUAUUGGGCACACUGUCGACUGUGCUGGCGGGAGGGCGCCUCUGGGGCUGUUGUGCUUCUGCUCACUCCCCGCCCCCACCCCGGGUCAGGCCCACAGGCUCCUGGGACCUCCCGGGAGGGGCCAUCUCCCUGGGUGGAAGGUACCUGUCAUUGUGUCACGCCCUCGAGCAUGGUUAUGCGGGUGGGACAGGAGUAAGGAUGGCUGCCUUAGGGCCUCCCAGGCCACCCUGGGCUCCCGGGACUCUAUUUCUCUGCCUCACAGCCCCGGGGUGGAUGCUGGGCUGGGGCAUUUCUGUGUAGUGCUGGUGCCGAGUCCCACGUUCAAGGGUCAGUCUGGUGGUACUGGUCUUCGAGAGCCGGGCAGUGGUGGCACCCGCAGCUCCCCCCCACUGCCCCGGUACACGGAGGACCCCUGCCGCCGAGUAGGGCAGAGUGCCUCUGGCAGGUGACUUCUCUUCUCCCAGCCUCUGGGUGUCAUGGCUGUCCCUGCUCCUCCCAGGUGUCUGGGAAGUUCUGUGGUCCCGCCGAUGGGGGUGCCCUCCCGUGGUGCACCAGCUGUCAGCAGGGACCCUGUCAGGUGGGGAGCUCAAGCGAAUUGGCAGCCGUGUUCCCAAAGCUGCAGGAGGACCCUGUCCCUGGGAGGGGCCUGGUCCUCAUGGGGGAGGGCACGCCCUGUGCUCAGGGCCCGGGGCCUGCCUGGAAGGGGGCUGCGCCUGCAUCCAUCUGGCUCAGGGGCUUUCUUUAGCCACACCCUUCAUGAGUCCCGGGGUGCCGCCUGGGGUGCGCAGGGCAGAUGAGGGAGGACGGGGUCCUGAGGACGACUGGGACACAGCUGCGUGGCCCCAGCUCUGGGUUCCCUGCCUUGCCACUUAGGCUCCCGUGCAGUUGUCGCUGGGUGGCUGCCCCCUCCGUGAGACGUUCCCGGAGACGGUCAGGCUGGGGAGUUGUGACCUUCUGGGUGAACCUGGUCAUGUGGAGCUGAGAGCUGGGUUGAAUGGUCAGUACUUUUUUUUUUUUAAUGUCUAUUUAUUUUGAGAGAGAGAGAGCACGCUCAAGUGGGAGAAGGGCGGAGAGAGAAUCCCAAGCAGACUCCACACUCGGUGCAGAUCCCUAUGUGGGACUCGAUCCCACGAACUAUGAGACCACGACCAGAGCCGCAGUCAAGAGGACGGUUAACUGACUGAACCACCUAGGGGCCCCCGAUGGUCAGUGCUGUUAAAACCAUGGUGUGGCCUGCAGAGCCCGGGGCAGGCGUGGCCCUGAGAGGCGGCCGGGGACGGGUGGGGGGACGGAGGGAGCAUCGCAUCCUAGUUUGCCCGCGGGCGUCCUCCAGGCGUGCUCAGAGUCCUGUUCUAGUCCUGGGCCCCAGGGUUAACCGGGAUGCCUCCUGGGGCCAUGCUUUUCCAGCUCUGCAGGUGGUUGCCCAGCCCGAGUGUGGAGCAUGCUCUUCUCUGUGUUGUCACUUGGGGUGAUCUGGACUUUUGUUAAAGACGUUCUGUUGAGAAUGACAUCUGUCCAAGUGACAAACAAAUUUGUGGGGACACGUGUUUUGUUUGCUCUUUUCUCCUUCAUCACCUAUGGUUUUUCAGAUCUUUUGCAACUUCCUGUUUUUGCUGCAAGGCCGUCACCGCCCUCGCCGCCGCAUCCAGGCAGCGUCCCGUGCACCCCGUCCAGGUGGGGGGUGGAAGGCUGGGCCGCGUGGGAGGGAGUCGUGGUUGUCGAGGCCGCCAGCAGAAUGUGGCCAGAAAACCUGCAGAAGAACUGGCUGCGGGAGUUCUAUCAGGUCGUGCACACGCACAAGCCGCACUUCAUGGCCCUGCACUGCCAGGAGUUUGGAGGGAAGAACUAUGAGACCUCCAUGUCACACGUGGACAAGUUCGUCAAAGAGCUGUUGUCAAGUGACGCCAUGAAGGAGUACAACAGGGCUCGCGUCUACCUGGACGAGAACUUCAAAUCCCAGGAGCAUUUCACGGUGCGUGCCCUUCUGCUGCAUGGAGUCGGCCCCGGGCCGUGGCCUGUGGGAUGGCGAUCGCAGGCACUAGGAAGCUUUUAUUUUCUUCAUGAAUCCUUAAAAAACAUCUACCAGUUUGACUUUAAAGCUAAGAAGUAUAAAAAAGUCACUGGCAAAGAGAUCUACUCGGACACACUGGAGAGCACGCCGAUGCUGGAGAAGGAGAAGUUCCCGCAGGACUAUUUCCCCGAGUGCAAGUGGUCAAGGAAAGGCUUCGUGCGGACGAGAUGGUGUGUCGCGGACUGUGCCUUUGACUUGGUGAACAUCCAUCUUUUCCAUGACGCUUCCAAUUUGGUCGCUUGGGAGACAAGCCCGUCCGUGUACUCGGGGAUCCGGCACAAGGCUCUGGGCUACGUGCUCGACAGAAUCAUCGACCAGCGAUUCGAGAAAGUGUCCUACUUUGUGUUUGGAGAUUUCAACUUCCGGCUGGAUUCCAAGUCCGUGGUGGAGACUCUCUGCACACAGGCCACGAUGCAGACAGUCCGGGCCGCCGACACCAACGAGGUCGUGAAGCUGAUAUUCCGCGAGUCGGACAACGACCGGAAGGUGAUGCUUCAGCUGGAAAAGAAAGUCUUCCACUACUUCAACCAGGAGGUUUUCCGCGACAACAACGGCACCGCGCUCUUAGAAUUUGACAAAGAGCUGUCUGUUUUUAAGGACAGACUGUAUGAACUGGACAUCUCGUUCCCUCCCAGCUACCCGUACAGCGAGGACUCCGGCCAGGGCAGGCAGUACAUGAACACGCGGUGCCCCGCGUGGUGCGACCGUGUCCUCAUGUCUCCGUCCGCCAGGGAGCUGAUUCUGAAGUCGGAGAGCGAGGAGAAGGUUGUCACCUACGACCACAUCGGGCCCAACGUCUGCAUGGGAGACCACAAGCCCGUGUUCCUGGCCUUCCGCAUCGCGCCCGGGGCAGGUAAACCUCACGCCCAUGUGCACAAGUGUUGUGUCGUGCAGUGACGUGUGGGAAGCGAUGGCAGCGACAGCAGAGGGCCCUUCGCGAGACCUCCCCGUAGCGCGAGGAGCAAGUGGAAGUCGCGUCCGUGAAAUCCGUACUCCUAACAGCUGCAUCGACAAACCCGCCCGAGCGCCACCCGCUAGACGGCCGGCCCCACACUUCGCUUCAGCCUCCGGACCGUUCCGGAAAAGCCUCACAUACCUCACUGUCUUGUCUGUUCGUGUGACAUUUAGUAGAAAUAGUGGGUUUUUGUAAUAAGUCACCGUCCUGUUGCCAAAACUCUACAGACAGCAGAGGGAGUCUGUAUUUCAGGCUCCAGGGUUUCAAUUUUUAACAAUUGUCAGCGUGGGAAGAGCGUCUCCGGCGUAGAAAGCCCACGGGCGUCACCCCCCUGCCAGCUGGAGGCGAGCCCGGGGUGGGCGGCGGGCGCGGGCUCUUUGCCGCCUCAGGCAGCGUGGCCGCUGUGCUCCGGCCCCCCCCCCUUCCGUGUUAUUUACUCUAACUGCCGUGUUACGUGGUUUUUGAAUUACACUGCAGCUGCUUUCCAUUUUUAUAUAUAUAAAUAUAUAUAAAUAUAUACUUUUUAAAAAUAAUUUAUAAACCUUACCAAAACUUAUGCUAAAUACACUUUCCAGUACGAAUGCUCGAGAGUGUCCUAUCAGCAGGUAGAAGUGGAGUCUAGGAGCUCAGUUUUGCCUAGAUCACGCGGACGCAUCCGAGAGUAUGGCCGGCGGGGCGCGAACGUCGGCCACGGCACGUCUACACUUGCAGAUUCUUACUCCUAUGCCUUUUCUUCUGUGUAACAUUAAGGACUGAAUGUGAAGUUUGUAGCUAGCUCGGGUGUACCUUUUAAGAAUUUUGUAACCUGUCUGUCUUUUGUUACUGUUCUAUGGUG